GGAUGGUGGGAAGCGGCGGAAGAAUUCGGGAGAGAGAGAGAGAGAGAGAGAGAGAGAGAGAGAGAGAGAGAGAGAGAGAGAGAAGUAGCAAUGGUGGAUGGCGGAAGGCGGGAGAAAGGCCGAAGAUUAGAGGAGCGUGAGGAGGUACAGGAGGGAGGAGGAGAAGCGGGAGAAGGAGCAGGAGGAGCGGGAGAGGGAGCAGGAGAGGGAGCGGGAGGAGCGGGAGGAGCGGGAGGAGGAACUGGGGGAAGAGCAGGAGAAGCAGCAGGAGAAGGAGGAGCAGCAGGAGCGGGAGGACCAGCAGGAGGGGGAGCGGGAGAAGGAGAGGGAGGAGGAGCGGGAGGAGCAGCGGGAGAGGGAGCGGGAGGAGGGCGAAGUUGUGGUGGAGCAGCGGGAAGUCAGUCUCUCUCUCUCUCUGUGGCUAGCCAUGUGGUGGGCCUUAUUUCUUUUUUUUCCGUAGGAGAUGGCUAUGGCGGGAUCUUUGUCACGUUGUUUGGCGGAGGAGUGGGAGGCGGAGCGGGAGGAGCGAGAGGAGUGGGAGAACGAGCGGGAGAAGGAGGAGGAGCUGGAGGAGGAGGAGCGGGAGGAGGAGCGGGAGGGGAAACAGCAAAGGGCGGAGGAGGCACGGGAGGAGGAGCGGGAGAAGGAGAGGGAGGAGGAGCGGGAGAAGGAGCGGGAGCGGGAGGAGCAGCGGGAGGAGCAGCGGGAGAAGGAGCGGGAGGAGGACGAAGUUGCAGUGGAGGCGCAGCGGGAGUGGGAGGCGGAGCGGGAGGAGCGAGCGGAGCGGGAGGAGGAGUGGGAGAAGGAGCGGGAGAAGGAGGAGCGGGAGGAAGAGCGGGAGGAGGGGCGGGAGGGGAAACGGGAACGGGCGGAGGAGGUGCGGGAGGAGGAGCGGGAGAAGGAGAGGGAGGAGGAGCGGGAGGAGCGGGAGGAGCGGGAGAAGGAGCGGGAGCGGGAGGAGCAGCGGGAGGAGCGGGAGGAGGACGAAGUUGUGGUGGAGCAGCGGGAGGAGAUGGCGAUGGCGGGAUCUUUGUCACGUUGUUUGGCGGAGGAGUGGGAGGCGGAGUGGGAGGAGCAAGAGGAGCGGGAGAAGGAGCGGGAGGAGGAGGAGGAGGAGUGGGAGGAGGAGCGGGAGGAGGAGCGGGAGGGGAAAUGGGAAGGGCGGAGGAGGCGCCGGAAGAGGAGCGGGAGAAGCAGCGGGAGGAGAAGCAGGAGGUGGAGCGGCAAGGGAAACGGGGAGGGGGUUAGGAGCGGAAGGAGCUGGAGGAGCGGGAGCGGGAGGAGCAGCGGGAGGAGCAGCGGGAGGAG